AUGAGGACAAAGGCGUUUCUGCAAAGUCUCAGAAUUAAAGACGAAGGCGGCCCACUCCCGAAUAGAUGGAUUAACAACGACAUCAAACCCAUCGAGGCGGAACGCCGAACAUGGGGCUUCUGGACGUUCCAUAACUUCUGGGUACUUAUCAACUCAAAUAUCUCAUCUUAUAUGACUGGAAGCUCCCUCAUCGCCUUGGGAUUGACAUGGUGGCAAGCAAUCCUCUCGAUUGUCAUUGGACAGGUUAUCGCGACGGCGCUCGUCGUGCUAAAUUCGCUUCCUGGGGCCUAUUAUCAUCUUGGAUUCCCUGUUGUGAAUCGAUAUGUUUGGGGUAUGUAUGGGAGUACAUUCGUGAUUUUGAAUCGGAUUCUUCUUUCUAUCGUUUGGUACGGCUUUCAAGCCUGGAUAGGCGGUGAAUGCGUCUACGUAUGCCUACAAGCAAUAUGGCCCGACCUCGAAUCUCGCAUUCCAAACCACCUCUCGCCGUCCACAGGGACAACAACAGCCAAUUUCCUCGGCUAUAUAAUAUUCAUGCUCAUCUCGUUGCCUAUAAUCUACGUGCGACCGCACAAACUGAAAAACCUCUUCUACGGCUCCGCCGCAACAAUUCUAAUCUUCGAAUUAGUUCUUUUAAUAUGGUCCCUCGCAACAAUGGGCAGUGGUGGAUUUGGCUCGACGAUUUCCGGCUCCUCGUCAACCAAUGGCGAGUCAUCCGGGUGGAUCAUCGCAUUCGGAAUAAUUAGUACAAUCGGUUCGAUUUCAGCGGGUAUUCUCAAUCAAAAUGAUUAUGCGAGAUUUGCUCGCAGACCGAAGGAUGCGGUUUGGGGACAGUUGAUUAGUUUCCCCUUUUACGCGAUUACGUGCUCUGUUAUUGGGAUUCUUGUUACUGCUGCGACUCAGGAGCGGUACGGCGGUGCGAUGUGGAAUUUGCCUACUCUACUCAGUGCGGUUAUUGAGAAUGGCGGGUCUAGAUCGAGGGCUGCGGCUUUCUUUGGUGGUGCUGCUUUGGUGAUUUCGCAGAUUGGCGUUAAUGUGCCGGGAUUCGAUAUGGCGGCGACGUUCCCCCAGUACAUCAACAUUCGUCGAGGCGCAUACCUGACCGCACUCCUUUCCAUCGCGUGCAACCCGUGGAAACUCGUGAAUACAGCGACGACCUUCCUAGCGGUACUGAGUAGCUACUCAGUAUUCCUAGGUCCAAUGACAGGAUUAAUGAUUUCGUCUUAUUUCGUCAUCAACAAGCGGAAGAUCAAAGUCGAUGAUCUAUUCGUCGGGGACUCUUCCAGUAUCUACUGGUAUACAUGCGGUCUCGACUGGCGCGCCGCUGUAGCGUGGGUAUGCGGGACAAUCCCCUCGCUACCUGGAUUCGUCGCUGCAGCUGUAUACUGCACGUUUCACUGGUUAUUCCCCGCCACUGCCGUUCGAGACUAUGUGGCCACAGCGCCACCUGCUGCUGUUUUGAUGCGGGAAUAUCGGGAGCGCUGGGAUAGUGUGGGGACGGAGAGUGAUCAGAAAGCUUGA